AUGCUUGCCGACGGUCUAGCUCUGCACGCCCCGCUCUCCGCCUUCCGAGCAGUGAAGAGGCUGGCUAGAUUCUCUAGCAACGCGCAGAAGAGCGCCAGCGGCAGGCGGAAGAAGCAGCAAGGCAUGCAGAGGAGGCGAGACAGCGAGCGGAAGAAGAGGCCCGACGUGCCGAAGAGCAGCGGCGGUGGGCUGAACAGCAGAGACAACAGGCAGAAGCGGAGGCUCGACGAAGGGAGGAAGAAAGGGUUCGAGCUGAAGAGGAAAGACGGCGGGCCGAGGAACAGGCUAGAAGGGCCGAGGAGGAGAGGCGCAGGGUCGAAGAGGAGAGGCGACGAGCGGAGGAGGCGGCAAGGGUUGCAGAAGAAGCGCGCCGCAGGGCUGAGGAAGAACGUCAGAGGAGACAGCGCGAGCAGGAAGAAGCCGAGCGCGCCAGACAGGCUGCUGAGAGAGCGGCUGCCGAAGCACGGCUCAGCAAGAGGAGGCCGAACGACAGCUGCGGGAAGGAGCCCAGCCUGUCGUCGUCCCUACAAUACAGCAGAUCCGCGACGCGAAGCAACGCUUGGAAUACCAAGAAGGAUACCUGCACGUCGCAUCGCAGGUAUAGCCGGCAGCGGCAAGUCGUCUUUCAUCAACGCCCUGCGCGGCCUCCGCAACGGCGAACCAGGCGCUGCGGAGACUGGGAUCGUCGAGACCACCAGCGUCAUCGCAAGCUAUCCCGAUCCCGACCCCAACAAGCACAUCGCCUGGUACGAUGUGCCAGGUGCCGGCACUCUUUCCAUCCCAGAUUGGGAGUACUUCACCGACCAGGGGCUAUACGUCUUCGACUGCAUCCUGGUGCUCUUCGACGCACGCUUCACAGCGACAGACGUCGCGAUCCUGCGGAACUGUGCGCGCUUCCGCAUACCCGCGUUCGUCGUCCGCUCGAAGGCCCUCCAGCACAUUCGCAACCUUGCCGAGGACAUGGGAGGCGAGGACAGCGACAUCGAAGACGGAGACACGGCGCCCGCAGCCCUUGCGCGUGCGCGGGAGCAGUACGUCAGGGAGUCGCGGGAGAGCGUCGCACGGAACCUCGAGUUGGCGGAGCUGCCCCAGCAACGGGUCUAUCUGGUGGACAAGCAGGCGCUGAACUCUACUAUGGGGAACUACAUUUCUGCCAGUGGUCGACUUCGCGAGAGUUAUGAUGCGUUUUUCGUCAAACCCGCAGGCCGAGAUGCAGACGCAAGGGCGUUUGAGGAUCAUAUCAAUACACUGGAUGGAAUGCUAGCAGCUUCUCUGCAGAAACGACGACAGACAGCACAGGAGCUUCAAGCUGCGGUGGAGGCGCGAGUGAAAGCGGAGGCGAUGGUGCGCGAGCAACAGCAGAUCAGCGACCGCAUGAAUGAAGCCAGGCAAAGGGCGGAAGACGCACGACUACUCGCCGAGGGUCGUGCAACAACUGCAGAGGAGGGUUUGCAAAGGCUGGAGGAGACGCUCCAUAUGGAGAAACGAGGCGCGAAGAACGCACGAGAGGCGGCCGAAAAAGCCCUUACUUAG